AUGUUCAAUGAAUCUAUUGAUGGUCGUCUCGUCAUACCUGAGCCAUCAGCUGCUGUAUGUAAUGGAACGAUAUAUAAUGCUACAGCUUGUAGUAUAGCCAAAACACAAUGGUCAAACGCGACAUGGCGCAGUGAUCAAGUUGGUGCAAUGCAAAAUCAUAAUUGGGAAAAUAGUUCAUGUUCAAUUUUUGUAAAUAGCUCAACAUGUAAUCAAGGUUCUGUACCGGUGCUGGCUGUUGACGCAAUAUCACCCGAACACGUUCAAACAGCUGUUCGAUUCGCUGCGACGAACAAUCUUCGUUUAGUUAUCAAAAGUACCGGACAUGAUUAUUUAGGUCGAUCGACUGCAGCUGGAUCUCUACUAUUAUGGCUUCAUCAUAUGAAAAAUAUGACACUGAUUGAACAAUACUCAUCCUGUGGUCUCACCAAUGUAUCUAAUGCUAUUCGUAUAGAAGCAGGUGUCCAAUGGGGUGAAGUCUAUCGAUUGCUGAGUAACUUCAAUUUGGUAGCAGUUGGUGCAACAUCAGGUACAGUAAGUGCAGUUGGGGGUUACCUUCAAGGUGGUGGCCACAGUCCACUAUCGCGUUGGAAAGGUAUGGCUGCUGAUCAAAUACUUGAAUACGAUGUUGUAACUGCAGAUGGACAACGUCAAACGAUAAAUGCAUGUCAAAAUAGUGACUUAUUUUGGGCAUUAAAUGGUGGAGGUGGAGGUACCUAUGCGAUUGUGCUUUCUGCUGUUGUACGAACUUUCCCAUCACCAUCUAUUGUUGCUACAACAUAUUCAGUCAGUGCAGCAAAUGCAACUCGCUAUGCGAAAUUAAUUGAAAGCUUCGUCGAAAUAUUACCAGCACUAGCUGAUGCCGGAUGGUCUGGCUAUUUCGAUAUAGUCGAUCUGACACUACGUGCUUUAUUUCAUGUACCUAAUGGGAAUUUGGCUGCACUCAAUGCUAUAUUGAAUCAAUUUGCGGCCAACAACAGUGAUUUAGAUUUCAACAGCACUAAUAGUUUUGUUAUCCCAUCAUUUUAUCACUACUUUGCCCUUAUAAUGGAACCAAAUAAUCCGACUGGCGAUGGUUUUCUAGUGAGUUCACGACUUAUUCCAGAAAGCAUAAUUCGGAGUAAACCGGCUCAAGUUGCAGAAGUUUUUGUUCAAGUGAAAGGUCAGAGUACAACUGGAUCGAUUCUUCGUGGAAGUUUAGUAGCGGGUGGACAGGUAUCAAAUACAACUAACAGAAAUAACAGUAUCAAUCCUGGAUGGCGUACGGCUCUUCUUCGUAUGGCUUGUACUCAAAGUUGGUCAGAUACAACAUCCCAAGCUGAUCAAGACUUCUUAGCGGCACAAGUCUUACUUCGAGCAGAAAUGUUAGACAAAGUACUGCCUGUUGGUUCACAACCAACCUGCUACGCUAAUGAAGCCAUUCCAAGUGAACCAAAUUGGCAAGAAAAAUUUUUUGGUUCGAAAGUGAUUUAUAAUCAACUGAAAAGUAUAAAAGAAAAAUACGAUCCAUUCGGACUCUUCGUAUGUACAAAUUGUGUUGGUAGUGACGAUUGGACAUCAGAUCUUAAUUGUCCGAAAACAUCAACUUCUAUCAAAUUCAAUUUAAGAAUAUUUCUUUUACUCAUAGAAAUAUUUGCAAUAUUUAUUAUAAAACAUCAGUAG